UCCAAAGAAAAACAAAAACAAAACGCAACUGUCAUCCAAUCAGAAAAACGCAACUGUCAUCCAAUCAGAUACUGCAUCCUGUGAUAUAUUGUCGCCCACAUUCGAUUAUCCGCUAUACUCCAGUUUCCACUUAUGGGCACCGGUAUGCUGCAGACAUCUGUUUUAAUGAAGAACACCCGUGGUGGGUUCAAUGGUCAGUUCGAGAUAAGUGAUCUCUUCCAAACUGUACACGAUUUCUUAGCGCAUUAAGGACCAGUCACAUAAUUAAUAUGGACGUUGUGGACAACCAGGACUGUGCAGCCUUCCUGAACUGUACCCUUGACGAUGGAAAAACAAAUAGCCUGGAUUCGCCACUGUUCAUCUCGGUAAUGUUUGUUGGCAUUCUCUCACUCGUGUUUAAUGGCGGGGUAUUCGUUCUUAUCAUCAAUGUAAAGAAGAUACGGCACAACCCCUACCAUUUCCUAGUUCUCAUGUUGUCCGUCAGCGACUUUACCGUGGCAUUUGGAAUCAUGUGCAUUGGUCUUCAGCAUCUCGUUCCCGCUUUAAAUAGAAACAAACUUCUGAUAGUAUUGCAAAUCAUUUUGUUGUCAAUUGGAUUGCAUCUUUCACUCUUGCAGACAUUUUAUAUCAGUUUACAAAGAUUUUUAAUCAUCUGUACAGAGAACUGGAACUCUUAUGUUUUCAAUGAAAACCGAAAAUACUGUAUAUGUAUCGGCGGUUGGGUUGUUGUAGUGAUCAUCAACCUCGUUCUGGUUUCGCCACCAUCGAGGGAGUUUGAUCCACUCAAGGACAACAUCAUGUCCUUUGUCUAUCAUGGGCAUUAUUCAGCUCAAAGAACAUACAACCGAGUUUUAACGUUGUCUCUUUUAUCGUUGACAAUCAUUCUUUACAUCAUAACUCUGGUCUAUGUCCUUGUAAAUCACAGAAAAAAUUCAAUGACUCGGUCGAAUGGCGUUGAUAUAAAAACUAUCAACGUAGAAAUAGUUCAUCCACCUUCCUCUAUUUCUAGAUUUCAUACAAAUCAGAAAAAUGUAACGCCAUCUCCUCCACUUGAAGAGGGUCCAAGAAGAUUGUACAUCGAAAGUCAUAAUCGACUAGUUACUCUCAGGCGGAAAAAGGCCGCUAGUACCUUGUAUCUAGUAGGUUUCUUAAUCGUUGUCCUGUUGAUCUUUACGGGACCACUCAUCGUUGCCAUGUGGAUUGAUAAACCUAAAUACAUUGGAAUAUGUUUUUGCGUGUGUAUCCUUAAUUCUUUGGCCAAUCCCUUUAUAUAUAUGUGGAAGUUGGACGACGUCCACAAGUUUAUUAAGUCCACUAUCUGUUGCUUGAAUCGGGUUCCUCAAGAUUAACUUCAGAAGAAAGUAGAAUAUUGCCCCCAUUAAUUUCAAAAGCGACUAAAACGUAGAUUUAUCUGAAUUAGAAUCUAAACGAAAAACUUCAAUCAUCUUUAGAAAAUACCAUUUUGGUUUAUCAGAUACAUGUA